AAGAUGGGGGAAAAAGAACAUGACAUCUCGCCCGCGCGAGAUAAGAGUAUUGAUGAAGGGCAAAUGGCUGCUGAGAAGCAGAUGCGCGACAUCGGCGCAGACCUAUACCUCGAAGUUCAGCAAUACUCGAGAGAAGAGUUGGAAGCGGAGCGGAAAGUCGUGCUGAGGAAAAUCGACUGGGUGAUUAUGCCAAUGAUUUGCAUAACGUACAUGAUACAAUUUCUCGACAAGCUCAGUCUAAACUACGCAAAUGCCUACACCUUGACGCCGGAUCUGGGUCUCCAAGGGAGCCGUUACAGCUGGGUAGCUGCAAUUUUCAACUUUGGAUACCUCUUCUGGGCACUUCCUGCAAACUACCUUAUUCAGCGGCUGCCGGUUUCCAAGUACACGGGCUCUAUGAUCCUUCUCUGGUCCAUACUGCUCUGCUGCCAUGUCGCAGCCAAGAACUACGCGGGCAUGCUUGCGCUCCGGUUCUUACUGGGCAUGUUUGAAGCGUCCAUCUCGCCGGCAAUCAUGAAUAUUGUGAGCAUGUUUUACCGACGAGAGGAACAGCCGCUGCGCAUGUGCAUCUUCCUGGCUUUCAACGGGGCAGCAACCAUGGUGGGUGCUCUGCUGGGCUACGGCCUGGGCCGCGCACACUCGGCGCACAUCAAGACGUGGCAGCUCAUCUUCCUCGUGAUUGGGCUCCUGAACUUUGUCUGGUCCUGGGUCUUCCUCUGGGUCAUGCCGGACAGCCCGUCGUCGGCAAAGUUCCUCACGCACAAACAGCGCAUCGUCGCCAUUGACCGCAUCGCCAGCAACAUGAUCGGCGUAAAAACCAAGCAAUUCCAAAAAUACCAGGCGCUCGAGGCGCUGAUCGACUUCAAGGUCCUCUGCAUUGCCCUAAUCGGGCUGUGCUGCGGUGUCAUCAACGGCGGUGUAUCCAACUUUUCUUCUUCGCUGCUCCGUGGCUUCGGUUUCAGCGGCAUCUACGCUACGCUCCUCCAACUCCCCACGGGCGCUAUUGAGUUUGUCGUCGUCCCUCUUUGCGGUCUUGCAGCUGGAUACUUCAAGAACACGCGCUGUCUCAUCCUCGCUAUCAUUUGUCUGCCGCCGCUCGCUGGCCUCCUCGGUAUCCGUCUUACACCACUGUCUCAGCGCUGGAGCCUCGUGGGGUGCACGUGGCUGCAGUACAUUAUCGGUGCGCCUGUCAUUCUCUCGUGGAACCUGCUCACGACAAACAUUGCGGGCCACACGAAGCGCAGUACCGCCAAUGGAAUCUGGUUUGUCUUUUACGCUGCGGGAAACAUUGCAGGCGCAAACAUCUUCGUUGCUAGGGAGGCGCCAAGAUACUUUUCUGCGCUCACCGGACUCAUUGUGUGUUACUGCGCCAUGGUGGUGAUAGCAGGCGUGUUGUGGGUGUAUAUGACCUGGGAGAACAAGAGGAGGGACCGACUGUGGGGAGCGGGCGAGGAUGAACAGGCGAUUAGAGAUGGAUUUAGCGAUUUGACAGAUACCCAGGCGAAGCAUUUUAGAUAUGCAUUGUAG